AUGGAAUGUGGAGGGAAGGCUUUCUUCUGGCUGGUGUCUUUGUUGCUGUCCUCUCUUGUGUGGUUCAUCACAGUUCAGAUCAGCAACAAGAACAGUGCAGCUCAGCAGAGAGGGCUGCUCAUCUUCGGGGUUGUGCUCUCUGUGCUGCUUCAGGAGACUUUCAGAUAUGGUUACUACAGAUUGCUGAAGAAAGCAAAUGAAGGCCUGUUAGCGCUCAGUCAGGAGGACACCAUGCCCAUCUCCAUGCGGCAGCUAGCUUAUGUGUCCGGUCUGGGCUUUGGCUUCAUGAGCGGAGCGUUCUCUGUGGUCAACAUACUCUCUGAUUCCUUGGGACCGGGAACCAUCGGUAUCCAUGGCGACUCUCAGCAUUACUUCAUAUCCUCAGCUUUUAUGACACUGGCCAUUAUCUUGCUGCAUAUGUUCUGGGGGGUUGUUUUCUUUGAGUCAUGUGAGCGACAGAGAUGGUGGGCUCUUGGAGCAGUAGUCAUCAGUCAUCUAGUAGUAUCAUGUCUGGUAGGUGAACACCACAUGAAGUAAU